ACGUAGUUUGCACAUCGAUAGGAUCGCAUACAUUCAUAAAAAAAGAGCCGAGUGGAAGCCAAGUAGGCAAAGCAUCGAAAAAAGUGCUAACGCAAAAAGUACAUUUGCAAAAGUAAUAAUUGUAAUUGAAACGUAAAAAGAGUGUAAAAUACAAUGAGCAAUGCUGGCGGCGGAGGUGUGGGGGGAAAUGCGCGACCACCGCCCCGAAUCGAUGGCAUGGUUUCGCUAAAGGUCGAUAAUCUCACAUAUCGCACGACGCCCGAGGAUCUGCGCCGUGUUUUUGAGCGUUGCGGCGAAGUUGGCGAUAUUUAUAUCCCACGUGAUCGUUACACACGUGAAAGUCGCGGAUUCGCCUUCGUACGUUUCUAUGACAAGCGCGACGCUGAGGACGCACUGGAAGCGAUGGACGGUCGCAUGUUAGACGGCAGGGAGUUGCGGGUGCAGAUGGCACGCUACGGUCGUCCCUCGUCGCCGACGCGACGCAACAGCAGCAGCAGUCGUCGCGGCGCUGGCCUCGGUGCUGGAGCUGGGGGCGGGGCGGGUGGUCGACGUCGCUCGCGUUCUCGUUCGCCGAUGCGUCGACGAGCGUCGCGCAGUCCGCGUCGACGUUCGUAUUCGCCGCGUUCGCGCUCUCGAUCGGCUGGCAGCCGUUCGCCGGUUCGCCGCAGCAAAUUCUCAAGGAGUCCGGUGCGCGGCGACAGUCGCAAUGGCAUCGGCAGCGGCUUAGCAGCUGCCGGCGGUUCGCGCAGCCGCAGUCGUUCUUAAAAUGGCGACACCGUACGCCCCUCUCCCCCAACCCCCAACCUCCUAAGCCGCUUCAGACGUUCCAUAUACUUUUGAUGUACGAUAAGCCUUAAUUGACUCGAGUGGACAAUGCUAUCCAGGGAACUCCUCAAGUGGGCUGCAGAUCGAUCUAAAAAUCUUCUCAUCAUGCUGUGUACCAGAACAGCAGGCCAAAGUGUGUGCGGCAGUUGCAGUUGCAGUCGUUGGUUGCUGCGCCGUCGCCGUCGCUGUUGCCGUCGCUGUUAAUAAUGUAAAUGUUAUUAUAUAUGGCUGGCGAGAGUCGUGCGUGGGCAAGGGAGAAAGAGAGAGAAGCAGGGCGGAGAGUGCGAGAGCUAGAGCGCGGAGAGA